AUGUUCACGAGCUUCAGCCAGGGCGCCGACGACCCAGGCACCUGGGACCAAUCGCCAGCAUACGCACCAGGCCGCUUCCACGCACACGUUCGGCCUACUUCGCCGCCCCCGCUUGUCCCCUCGUCGCGCAACUCGAGCUCGCACAACCUACCUCUCGCUUUCGCCCCCUCUUCCCUCCCGAAUGGACGUCUACACCCUCACCAACCUCGUACUCGCACACGACCGAUCGAACGAGCUUUGCAUGCGCUCUCCCCAGACCGGAGGAGGGGGGCGGAGCGCGCUAGGGACGGAGAAGAGAGGAGCCUGCUCGGAGACUGGUUGUCGAGGAGCGGCGUAGGGAACGGUCCUGGCGUCGAACAACGUCGAGCGGCGUUCGGCGAUGGCGACACAGCCGAAGAAGGAGGUGGAGGAAGCGCAGAAGACGAGGAAGAAGACGGAGGCCUGCUCAGACCUGGUCGAAGGCGAGUCGAGAGGUGGAUGUCGAGCUGGUGGAGGCGGUGGGCGGUCCUCGUCGGCACGCCUUGCUUGAUUGUGUGGAUCUGGUGUGCGGUGCCGUUCCCGGUCGACAACCCGUACACGGAGGAGCCGCCUUGGCACCUCCCCUGGCCUGGCGAUCCGCCCACUACGGCACUCGUCACGUCAACUCCGGCGACGUCAGCUGUUGCAGCGCCGAUCGAUGUAGUCCUCGCGUCGAGCGCGACGAACGAGCGUGGAUACGAGCGAGACGUCACACCUCGCCGCCCACUGCUUCUGGAAAUCCUCAACACCGCUCCGACGCCGACCAGCUCGUACUCACUUGUCGUCGCUCCGCCGGCUGACGAGCCAGACCUGCCGGUCGAUGCGAAUUGGUGGUUCUUUCUCCUGUACUACUACGGCGUCUACCUCGCAAUCGCCCUCAUCUUCGUCACCAAGCUCUUCGACCUCUUCCGCGUCAACUGGUGGCCAAAGUCGAUCGGCGGCUCCAUCUCGUACACCUUCUUCUGGUCGCUCGCCCUCCUCACCGGCGGCUUACUCCACCACUUCGACCUAGACGGCUUCGGGCGCCGAACACGUUCAAGGCGACCGAAGGACGAUGGCGAGGAGUUCGACUGGGAGCGCAAAACGACUUGGGUGUUGCUCGCCUUCGCAACGAUGGCUCUGCCGGCGCUCGCUUGCUUCGCCAAGCUGCGAGCGGACAGGCGGAACAGCUUUCGUCGCAGCCUGACGCCGGCGCAGAAAACCUUCCUCGAGCGGCAGCUCACGCAACGCAUGCCGCGCUCAUACCGCCGCUUCCUCUGGUUCCUCGGCACGAUUGCCCUCUCCCUCCUCGCGCUCAUCACCGGUCAGGCUUUCGCGACCGUCUACCUUUCGACGCUCCCGCAUUCGGCUGUCGACGGACUUGUCUACGUCUGGACCUGGAUCUUGACGGUCAACCUGCUCAGCUCGGUCAGCAAUUGGAUCCUCCUUCGUAAAGUGCGCAGUCAAGCGCUCGUCUUCGUCUUCCGGCUUUACUUCUUCCUCGUCUACCACGUCUUCUACCGCAACCUCUUCGCCCGCCUUCGCUCGCCCGAUCAGGCAGCCUGGAUCACCCUCCUCUCCUCGUCCUUCGUCAUCGUCCUCUACCCAAUCUCGAUGAGCAAGACCUUCUAUCGGCUCCUCAACGCGACAGUCGGCGUCGACAUGGAGUAUGCGGAGUACGUCGCGAACAAGGGGACCGAGUUAUACCUCCGCAACCUGAGCGAGAACGUCACGAUGAUCGGCUUCCUCGGCUGGCUCUCCAUCCUACACUGGGGCCCGAACAAGGUCAUCUAUCCCUACUUCGCCUUCGACACCCGCUACGACCCCUACACCUACCGCCUCACCCUCACCGCAUCGCUCGUCAUCUACGCGACCGAGCUCUUCUCGAACUACCUCGCGAGGGCAGUCUGCUGGCUGUGCUACGAGAUUGACGUGACCAAUCUCGGCCUCGACCAGUUCCGCGAACACCCCGAGCUGGUCAUUGCCUGUGUCUUCACGUCGUGUCACGUCUUAUCCGACAUGCUCCUCUUCCUCGUCAAGCUCAACUUCCGCUAG